AGGUAAAGGGUGUUGCUCUCGCUCUCCUGACGCAGGUGUCCCAGGUCGGAAGGGUGUGUAGUGACUUGUUUUUUAUCUCCAUACAUACAACAAGGUAACAACUGAACCAGCACAGGCUAGGAGACGCGAAUCAUGGCGGUAAAGAUUAAAGUUGAAUAUUGCGGCGGAUGAGGCUACGCGCCCCGCUUCCAGGAACUGAAGCGAAACAUCAGCGCCAAGUUUCCUGAUGCGGAGGUGUCUGGCUCCGUGGGAAGAAGAGGGAGUUUUGAGGUGGUGAUCAAUGAACAUCCUGUCUUCUCCAAAUUGGAAACAGGUGGUUUCCCCUAUGAGGAGGAUAUCAUGGAGGCAAUCCAUAAAGCUAGGGAUGGCAAGCCUGAGAAGAUCGCAAGAUAUCGUAAAGACUGUAUCAUUCUGUAGCAGCUUGACCUCAGAUCGUAAUAACCAUCUUUGCUCAGAUAAGGUCACAUGCUAUUGUCAAGCUCUGAGCGAUGUCUGAUUUGUUUUGAAGCUCUUCUUCUGUCCUCUUUAUCAUUCUACUUUACACAGAGUAUUUUGGACGUAAAUGAUUGCCAUAUCUCAAAGUUGAAACGUUAUGGUAUGAGGCUAAAGUCUGAAAAAUUCCAAACCUGAAGCAGAGUAAUAAAGAAGAGAGUAAAGAGAACAAUUAACUCAAUAACUUGAAAGUUGUUAAAAUAAUAUGAUUUAAAAUAAUAUCAGUAAUAUAUUAUUUUUAUUUAAAUUUAUCCUAAAUCUCUCUUAAACUCUCUAUUUUUUAUUUACUACAAUUGAUUUAAUUGGUUACUGUUCUUUUAGAUGCCCUUGAAACAAUUAUUCCUGUGAUCUCUAAAAAAUAAAUUUAAUGCAUUUC